AUGGUGGAAGGGCAAAAUCAGAUAGGGGAGUAUAUUGUAGAUUUUUUUGAGCGCUUUCAUAAAGAAGCUCCCACAGAGACCCAUGUAGAAUUACUGGAUAAUAUCCUGAAAGUCAUUAACCAAAUGGACUGUUAUAGGUUGGAUUCCCUCCCUGGAAAUGAAGAAAUAAGGACGGCAGUGUGGGAGUUGGACCCGGAUAGCUCGCCGGGCCUUGAUGGAUUCUCUGGUGCCUUUUUUCACAAGUGCUGGUCCUUAGUGGAAGUGGAAGUGUGCAAUGCGGUUAGACAAUUUUUUAGCACUGGAUACAUGCCCUACGGGGUCAAUAAUAAUUUCUUGGUCCUUAUUCCAAAGGUGGAGGGAGCAAACACACUGGAUAGAUUUCGCCCUCUCUGCAUGGGCAAUUUCUUUUGCAAAAUUAUUUCCAAAGUUAUGGCAAUGCGACUGGAACCUCUCCUUCCUCGGCUGAUUUCAAAAGAGCAGGGUGCAUUUCAGAAGGGGAAGUUGAUUCAUGAUAAUAUCUCUAUGGCCUCUGAGUUAGCAAACUUAAUUUGGAUCAACUGGCUGCAUCAACUUCUGAUAUCGUCAAAAAUAUCUAUUCUUGUGAACGGAGGUCCUCAGGGUUACUUCAAGGUGGAGCGCGGGCUAAGACAAGGUGAUCCUAUAUCUCCUAUACUAUUUAUUAUAGCCGAAGAAGUUCUAUCCAGAGGGCUGUCAAGUUUGGUUCAGUGCAAGGAGCUACAGGCAAUCCAUGGCCCAAGAGGCGCUGCCACUCCUGGGCAUAUCCUAUUCGUGGAUGAUAUCUUCAUAUUCACCAACGCCUCCUUGAGCCUCAAAAAAUGCGUUUCAUCUUCCAUUGUAUCGGGGGUUAAAAAGGUCUGGAGCUUUGUGGAAGAGAAUCAAAGAUGGAUUAUCGGGAAUGGUAAUCUUGUAAAUUUUUCGAAGGACAAAUGGUGGGGGCCAAAAUCAGUGCUUGAGGAGCUUCAGAUAAUGGAUUUGACUGCUCUUUGA